AUGCCUAAGAGUGUCCAGCUGACCAACUUAAAUCCGAACGCUGAUUAUCCGGUUUGUCGGUUUCAAGUGGUUGAUCACACGGAGGAGGCAAAGAGGCACAUCGGGGAUGAUUUGACCUCCUCCACGUACGGAAAGCAACCAGUCUCUAGGACCGGCACUACUGCCGGGGCUAAUCCGAGUAUGGAAGCCAUGGCAGCAUCGCAAGCUAUUGCCCAAAUGCAUCAACGAGCCACGGAAUUAUUGAAUCAACUGAUAGAACGUAGACAGAUGUCACAAAAAUCAACAACCAGAAGUGCUUGGUCACGUGUUUCCUCGCGUUCACAACCGUCCGAAUCCCGGUGUACAGCUCAGACAAAUUUGUGUAAGAUACAUUCAACGGGUUUCCGCACCCAGUUUUCACAUAUUCUGAAGUGA